AUGCCGCAAAAACCGAUGCGCCUGCCACCUGUCAAGGUCCUCCGUGUUCGUAACCCCAACGGCAAGGUAGAGCAGCCUUGCAUGCAGGUCAUGACCUCAGUUCUUGCAUGCUGGGCCUCAGCAGGGUACAACACCUCUGGCUGCGCCGCCCUCGAGAACGCCCUGCGCGGCUGCAUGGAUCAGCCCAAGAAGCCCAAGGAGCCUUCGUCCACCGUCAACUACCACCUCGGCCGGGGCGACCAGGGCAACCAUAUGGAGAUGGAGGUCUUCCCCGAAUGGCACAUUCCGGGAAAGACCGCGAGGGCGAUGGCGCUACGUUCACGACAGCUGAACCGACCAUGGCAGCAGCAGAGGCGGAUUCGGCCGAUGACGGUUAUCUGA